CAUUUCUGUCGGCCCACUAAUUCCCGCAUUGUCUCGUCUUCUUCUUUCUCUUCUUCUUCUUUCUCUCCGUGUAAAAGGAAAACAAAUUCAAUAAAAAACUUGCAGGAUUCCGCCUCGCCUUCACUGAAGACCCCCGCUUCAAACCUGUUGCUAGCUCUCUCUCAUUCUCCCAGACUAGCAAUGGCUCCUCCAGGAGUUCUAAUGGUUGCAGAGAAACCCAGCAUCGCUUCCUCCAUCGCUUCUGUGCUCUCCCGUGGCAAAAUGUCUACUAGGAAAGGCAGUACAGAGGUUCAUGAAUUCGACGGCACUUUCCUUGGCUUUCCUGCCUACUACAAGGUCACUUCAGUCAUUGGCCACGUUUUCAGUGUAGAUUUCCCUGAGAAAUACCAGAAUUGGUCUGCUACUGAUCCUUUAGAUCUCUUCCAAGCUCCAGUGAGGAAGGCAGAAUCAAAUCCUAAGGCUCAUAUUCGAAGGCACUUAAGUCAAGAGGCUCGUGGGUGCACUCAUCUGGUACUGUGGUUAGACUGUGAUCGCGAAGGGGAGAAUAUAUGCUUUGAAGUUAUUGAGUGCUCUGGCUUUCAUAUAAAUGAUGGUAAAAGAAGGAUUCAUCGUGCGCGGUUUUCUUCUGUCACCGAGAAAGAUAUUUCAAAAGCAAUGGAUAGCCUUGUUGAACCGAACAAAGAUGAGGCAUUGGCUGUAGAUGCUCGACAAGAGAUAGAUUUGAAAGUUGGAGUUGCAUUUACACGAUUCCAAACCGGUUAUUUCCAAGGAAAAUAUGGAAAUCUUGAUUCCAGAGUUAUCUCGUGGGUGCUGUGCAUAAUUUUGGACUUUGUACCUGCUUUUCUUUCCCCCUACUUCUCAUCUAUUGAGUCCCAAUCAUUUUAUUUGUACCUUGAGCAGCUGUUUGAGUUAUUUGGUGUUUAUUCCUACAGUUAUGGACCAUGUCAAACCCCUACCCUAGGAUUUUGCGUGCAGCGAUAUCUGCAAAUUACAACAUUUAAGCCAGAAAAGUACUGGGCCUUGCACCCUUACAUAGUGAUGGAUGGGUAUGAGCUGCAGCUGGAUUGGGAGCGUCAUAGAUUGUUUGACUUUGAUGUUGCUGCUAUGUUUCAAAAGCUUGUACUUCAGGAUGGAGUAUUACUGGUUACUGGGAUAUCAGAAGAACAGGAAACUAAAGGCCGUCCUCAGGGUCUAAACACAGUUAACCUUCUAAAGGUUUCAUCAAGUGCAUUAGGUUUUGGGCCUCACCAUGCAAUGCAAUUAGCUGAACGCUUAUACACUCAAGGAUUCAUCAGUUACCCUCGUACAGAGAGCACAGCCUACCCUUCCUCCUUCGACUUCAGAAGCACACUAGGAGAACUAGCAAAAGUCCCUAUUUGGGCUGAAUAUGUUCACAACCUACUUUCUGGAGGGUAUCAGAAGCCAAAAUCUGGGACUGAUGUCGGUGAUCAUCCUCCUAUUACCCCAAUGCGAGCAGCCAGUGAGGACCUGAUUGGUAAUGAUGCUUGGAGACUAUAUCAGUAUAUCUGCCAACAUUUCCUUGGGACUGUUUCACCUGACUGUAAGUUUGUAAGGACAAAGAUACAAUUCUCAUCUGGGGGAGAAUCCUUCCAUUGUGUUGGAAAGCAUGUUAGAGUUGAGGGGUUUACUGCUAUCAUGCCUUGGUUGGCAGUAAGCGAGAAAAAUCUUCCACGGUUUGCUAGAGGGGAGAAAAUCGCAAUGUCAAAAGUGGAGUUGUUUGAGGGGAAAACUGCUCCUCCAGAUUAUCUUAGCGAGAGCGAGCUGAUUUCAUUGAUGGAGAAGCAUGGUAUAGGUACAGAUGCAUCAAUUCCAGUCCAUAUUAACAACAUCUGUGAAAGGAACUAUGUACAGGUGCAAUCUGGCAGGAAGCUAGUCCCAACUCCCUUGGGGAUCACCUUAAUUAGAGGAUACCAAUGCAUUGAUCCAGAUCUCUGUUUGCCUGACAUUCGGAGUUUCAUUGAGCAACAGAUUAUGCUCGUGGCCAAGGGUCAAGCAGAUCAUUCCCGCAUUGUUUUGCAUGUACUGCAACAAUUCAAGCAGAAGUUUGCAUACUUUGUUAAGCAGAUAGAUAACAUGGAUGCAUUGUUCGAAGCACAGUUCUCUCCCCUUGCUGAUUCGGGACGAGCACUCAGUAAAUGUGGUAAAUGCCUAAGGUACAUGAAGUACAUUGCUAGCCAGCCAUCCCGGUUAUACUGUGGCACAUGCGAGGAGGUAUACUAUGUUCCUCAGAAGGGUACAAUCAAGCUGUACAAGGAGCUAACAUGCCCACUGGACAACUUCGAGCUGCUGAUAUUCUCCAUGGCUGGUCCAGAGGGCAAGUCCUUCCCUCUCUGUCCAUACUGCUACAACAAUCCUCCUUUUGAAGGCAUUGACACGCUUUUCGGCACUGGCACCAAGGCUGCUGGUGCUGCUAGUGGCGGGAAGUUAGGGAAGGGGGCAGGGAUGCCAUGCUUUCUCUGUCCACACCCAACAUGUCGCCACUCGGUUAUAUCCCAAGGCGUGUGUGCUUGCCCUGAAUGCAGCGGGACGCUGGUCCUGGACCCAGUGAGUGCUCCCAAGUGGAGGCUGUACUGCAACAUGUGCAACUGCCUCGUGUUGCUCCCACAAGGGGCACACAGGAUCAGCACCACGAGCGAGCGUUGCAGCGAAUGCGAGUCGAAGAUUAUUGAGGUGGACUUCAACAAGAACUCGACGCCAUUAGAGGGUGGUGCGACGUUGCACAGGGGUUGCAUCCUGUGCGACGAACUGCUUCACUCGCUCGUGGAGGUGAAGCAUGGGAAGUCGUUCUUCAAGCGAAGUGGGGGCGCAAGGGGAAGAGGCGGGUCGUGGCGUAGGGGAGGGAGAGGAAGGGGAGGUGCUGGCAAGAAAGUUGAUCCUAAGAUGAGCUUUUCAGAGUUUUAAGAGAUGAGGGAAGAAAAUGAUGGGAGCUAGCCCUUGUGUGUGUGUUUUCAUUG